AUGGGUGGUGCGGAUUAUUUGUUCUACACUUGCUGCACUUAUAUCACAGUGCAGUUCAAAUUACUGCAAUACGAUUUCGAGAGGAUCAUACCUUCUACUUCUUCAUUAAAUCAGUUUCAAGAAGACGAGGUUCGAAAGAAUUUCGUGGACCUGAUGGUGAAUGAUAUAGUAACAAUCAUUACGUUCCUAACCUUCCUCUCCAUGGGACUGAUGCAGGUUUUCUUCUUGUGCUUCUUUGCUGAUAUGAUGACGAGCGCCAGUGUCGAAGUUAGCACCGCUGUAUACAAUACUCGGUGGUAUUUAGCCCGAACCACGGUUGAACGACAAUUCCUUUUGAUACAAACUAGGUCUCUUACUGUUGCUUGUCCGGUGGUCAAAACAGAAUAUUUUGAUCUUGUACAAGAACUUUAG